ACGUGACGUCACCUCGCGUCAGCGUCCGUCGCCUCUCAUGUAUGCCAUGCUGUGUGUCUGAAUGAAGUCUGUUUAAUGUCUUUUGCAAUCUUAGACAGCGUUUUACUUUUAAAUAGUCAUUUGUGGUCGGGUUACGAUGUCUUUAAUAAGACUUAUUCUAAAAAUGGUGGUGGUUCUCGGGGUUCUGGUGCUGACAGUUCAGUUUCUAAGAUACUGGAUGGCAAAUAAACAAUAUGUCUUUACAAAAGAAGAUGUUGCCAAGUUAGCCAAACAGUAUGCAGGCCAGGACCACGAGCAAGCCUUCUCUAAGGUGGUGGUGGAGCUGCGGAAGAGGUAUCCGGGCCACAUCCUGCCCGAUGAGGACCUGCAGUGGGUGUUUGUGAAUGCGGGCGGCUGGAUGGGCUCCAUGUGUCUGCUGCACGCCUCUCUUACAGAGUAUGUGCUGCUGUUCGGGACAGCUGUGGACACGGGUGGACAUUCAGGUCGUUACUGGGCUGAAAUAUCCGACACUAUCAUUUCUGGAACGUUCAGGCAAUGGAAAGAAGGAACCACUAAAAGCGAGACUUACUAUCCAGGAGACACUAUAGUGCACGAGGUGGGAGAGGCCACGUCAGUGCAGUGGAGCGCCGGGACGUGGAUGGUGGAGUACGGCCGAGGAUUCAUUCCCUCCACGCUGGGAUUCGCUCUGGCCGACACAGUCUUCAGCACCCAGGACUUUCUAACACUAUUUUAUACUGUACGUGUUUAUGUGAAGGGUAUGAUCCUGGAGGCUAGCACUUUUCUCACUGAUACCGGCGUCCUCUGAAAACCAAUAACAACAUCAGGUGUUCGUUUGCUAAUGGAGAACCAAUGUUGAAUUGGCUGUAUGGAAAGCACUUAAUGUAAUUACUUUUCCAAUGAUUAAAGUUUUAUUUUCCAUACUGUACAAAGAGUUUAUCAAACGUCUUUUCUAAAAGUGAAACAUAUUGUUGGUCAACAAAAUGUUUGUGGUUUAGUGUCUGUGUUUUGAACGUGGCAAAUGUUUUAGCAGCUCAGUAUUGUCCAGAAACGGUUAAUACGAGGUAUGGAUACAAAUCAGUAUAUAGUUUUCUGUGUUUCCAGAUCACACUCUUUGCACCUUUUAAUAUACUGUGAAUAUUAAUUGUUGCUUAAUUUUUCAUAAAAUACAUUUACUGUUCAAAACUGAUGUGUCUACGUUUAGCCAGAAUAAAACCAUCAAUUAGUA